GUGAGUAACUUUCUCUCUCUCUCGCCAUCAAACUGCACAGGAAUAUUUCCCCAAGCACGCUGUCCACAAACACUUGAUCAUCGAUGUCACGUAAGUGCAAAAACCCAGUCUAACUUCCUCCAGUUGAUCACAUCUCCAGUAUACAGCAAAUCGGAAUGUGUAUAAAGUGUGCACCCCAUUGGCCUGACAUAGCCUGGGGUCUCGAUUAGAUUAACACAAUGAACAGAAAGAAUAUACGAGCUACGAUUAUUAUAAAUGACUUGAUGUUUCACUUGCCCUGAAGCUAAUGCUUGUUUAAACUCUCAGGACCUCGUGCCAGGUCUGUGUGAGAUGCUAAGCAAGCAGGAGAAACUCGGCAAUAGCUGGCAAGCUGCUGAGUGCAAUGCUGCCUGCAAACUGGAGAGUUACAUCACACCAACAAACCUUCAGGAAAAGACCUAGCCAGUAGUGGCAACUCCACACUAGAUGAAGCAUACACUAGGAAUGAAGGUGUCAUUGAUGGUUCUCAACCUUGACAGAAAGGGCAGUUGUACGAUUCUGUAGGUGGAGAUGUUGCCACAGUCUGUAGAUCCCACUCAGAGUUUAGAUCCCACAAGGGCAGUUUGGAGAUUUGUAUUUCAUUUGUUUUGUGUUUGGGAUGAAGGGAGUGGACUUGGUCAGUCAACCUGACCAUCAGUUUCAAUUGAAACAUUCUGAAGAAGAUGCAUAUUAGGGGGAAGAAGCAGUUUAAGGUUUUCUGCCUCAUUUCCUUUGUGCUUGUGAUAACAUUGGCCGUACUGCAGAGAAGCAGCUACACCAAGCAGACGUCCCGAAACAUCUCGCGGAGGUUCACUUCCCCAGAGAGAAGAUCAGUUGUCAAGUUUCUGAGUUUUCUCACUCCCACGGGAAACUUCUGGAGACCCCAAAAACCCGAGACAACUGCCACAGCAACAAUAACAGCAGCAACAAGAGAAACCAAACAUUGGGAUGUGACAGAUGCCAAUUGUACUCCUUCUAACUUCACACGCACUGGGUGGUUGAGUGGCUUGGAACCAAAUUUUGAACAGUUCCUACGAUAUAGACACUGUAGGUAUUUCCCAAUAAUUCUCAAUCAUCCUGAGAAAUGCAGUGGUCAUAUCUACCUUUUGAUCAUUGUUAAAUCCAUCAUAACGCAGUAUGACCGCAGAGAGGUGAUCAGGAAAACAUGGGGCAGACAAAUGCAGUCAGACGGGAAGCAAAUUAAAACAUUGUUUCUUUUGGGGAUUUCAUCCACGGAACACGAAGGGUCCCACCAUCAAAAGCUCUUGGAAUAUGAGAAUAUUAUUUACGGUGAUAUUCUCCAGUGGGAUUUCAUGGACACUUUCUUCAAUCUCACCUUAAAAGAGGUCAACUUUCUCAGGUGGUUUUCGACAUACUGUGAGAAUGUUGAGUAUAUUUUUAAAGGAGAUGAUGAUGUGUUUGUGAGCACAGAGAAUAUUCUUGAGUUUCUUAAUGCAUCUAACUUUCAGAAUCUUUUUGUGGGUGAUGUAUUGUACAAGGCCAAACCAAUUAGAAAGAAGGAAAAUAAGUAUUACAUACCGGAAGGCUUAUACAAUAAAACUUACUAUCCCCCUUACGUAGGGGGCGGUGGGUUCGUGAUGUCCGGAUCAUUGGCACAACAAUUAUACGUGGUGUCAGAAGGCUUGGAGCUGUAUCCUAUAGAUGAUGUGUUCUUGGGGAUGUGCCUCGAGCUGUUGGGAAUUACUCCUAUUAAUCAUUGUGGCUUUAAGACAUUUGGACUUGUAAAAAACAAAAGCAGUAAAAUGAAUAAAGAGCCUUGUUUUUAUCAAAGCAUGUUGGUGGUGCAUAAACUGCUUCCAGCAGAGCUUCUGGAAAUGUGGAAAUUAGUUCACAGUAGCAUUAAUUGUUCCAAGAAAAUGCAAAUAUUAUAGACAUGUUACAAUCCAUGAUACAGUUGUGUAAUUUGUAAUGUAAAAGAAGAUUCUGUAUUAAAUACAUAAUAAUCUAUU